UUAAUAAUAACAUUCCGAUGGAGCUUAGUCGUAUUUUAGAGGAGGACAUUCGAGGUGUGGCUAUGCCACGGCUAAUCCCUCCUUAGUUAGUUUGCUUUGCUUGUGUUUUUUUUUUUUGCAUGGUCCAAAAUAAAAAAAAUAUAUUUUUAUUACAAUAUAAAAAAUGAAAAUGACUUUCCAUCCACAACCCUAAAAACACAACCUACUCACUUUCUUAUUCUGUUAACCCAUUUUCUUCCUUGUCCCUCCUAUUUAUACACUUCUCCUAUUCUGCUGUCUUUAAUUCUUUUCCUCCUCCACCUCGUCCGCCACCGCCUCGUCCUCCUCGAAUCUUUGUUGAUUAUAAGCAAACACUAGCUGAAGCUCUAUAUGUUUGUUGACUGUUAUUGUUCCGCAAGUAAUUUUCGAAAAUUCUAGAAAAUGGAGGAUGAUACUGAUAAUGAGAUGAAAUCUUCUAGCAGCUGUCCUAGAGGUAACUGGAGACCAGAAGAAGACGAAAAACUUCGAAAACUUGUCGAGCAGUAUGGCCCUCAGAAUUGGAAUUCCUUAGCUGAGAAGCUCCAAGGAAGAUCAGGUAAGAGUUGUAGGUUAAGGUGGUUCAAUCAAUUGGACCCAAGAAUCAAUAGAAAGGCAUUCACAGAAGAGGAGGAAGAACGGCUUUUGACCGCCCAUCGGAUCCAUGGGAACAAAUGGGCCUUAAUUUCGCGAUUAUUCCCUGGUAGAACAGACAAUGCCGUCAAGAACCAUUGGCAUGUUAUCAUGGCAAGGAUGCAAAGGGAACGGUCCAAGCAACAAUCUAACAAGAGAUCAAGCUUAAUUAGUAGUUCAAGUGUUUUGUCUACCACUUCAUCAACUCAUGACUUUCUCUCGAAAACUUGGAAGUCUCAAAACAAUUAUGGUACCCUAAAGAAUAACGAUCAUGGUCAUGGAUUGUACAAGUUCGAACAAUAUUCAAAUGAUGAGAGGAAAUUACGGAAUUAUAGGGCAUCAUCUUCAUCAGCUUCGAUGACACAACCACAAUGUUUACUAGGGAAUUGGCGCGGAAUUAAUAACAAUAGUACUAGUAGCUCAAUCUUUGAGCACUCAAAUGGUUUUAAUACAAGGUUUUCAUGUGGUCAUUCGAGUACACUAUUGGAUGGGAGUCAGUGUGGAAUAGGGUUUGGUAGUUCGUCUUAUGGAGUCAAUUAUUGUGCCGACCACAAGGGUAUUCAUUCUAGCUAUGCUCCGUUUCCUGGCCAAAGCAAGAUGAUGACGACAACAACGACUGCUAUGAGGCGACCAUCAUUACUCGAAAGAUUGGAGAAAGAGGAAGAACAAGCAAGUAACAAAAAAGAGGUUAAGUUUAUUGAUUUUCUUGGGGUGGGCAACACUUAGCUUCCUGAUCAACAAAAUUCUCAUAAUUCAGUUUAGUUAAACAUAAAUUAUUUCCUUUAAUAAUCUAUUAUUUCAAAGCCGGCUAUGUAAUUACUGCCUUUCUAAUUUCCUCUCUUCUCAUUUUGUUUUUGUUUUGAGCAUCUAAAAAUGCAUGUAACUAGAGAUCGAGCGAGGGAUUAAAUUAUAAACUUAUUAGUUAUGAACUAGUUAUGACUAAUAUAAAUUAUAAAACUGUUUUACUUGUUUGUUA